AUUCGGUUCGGAUUCGGAUAGGAACCGAUCGGGUCCGGGUUUUUCGGAUAAAUGAAUUCUAUACCCAAUGAGUACUUAGUAGAUUUCGGUUCGGAUUUCGGAUCGGGUACUACCGGUUUCGGGUCGGUUCCGGAUACCCGUUUCUUAUGUGAAUUAUAUAAAUAUUUGUAAAAUAAAAUAAUUAUAUACCAGUUUUUUAUUUAUUUUUUUUAUUUUUUUAAGGAAAAGUAAAUAGAAAUCGUAUAUAUAUUAGUAACAUGUAUUAAAUACAACAAAGUUGAACUAGUCUAGUGGUAUAACAGUUGUUGCUUUGCCUAUCCAACCCGGGUUCAACCCUCAGAAGAUACAAAUCCAUGUUUUUUAAACAUAGAAUUCGGGUUAAACGGGUACCCGUUCGGUUUCGGGUAAAAACCGAAACCGAACCGAUACCCACGGAUAAUUAACACUAAUAUCCAUCGGAUAAAUUGUCUAGGACCGAAACCGAACCGAACCGGUCCAUUUCGGGUCGGUUCCGGUUCGGAUAUUCGGGUAUGGAUAAAAAUCCCAGGCCUAAUCUCAACCGUAAGAUUUGUGGGCUUCCCAUACCUUCUCUUAAACCCUCUUGCUGAAUCAGAGACUGUUUUGGCCUUGUACCUUUUUCUCCCGCCAAUAGAUUCACAAUAAAUUAGGGUUUCGAAGCAUAAUCGUCUCCGAUUCUACAUCUCCCAGUUUCUUCAGAAUGGCUGAUGAAGCAGAUGCUCUUUCUCAAUUUGGUAUAUCGAAGGAGGAAACGGAUAAGCUUGUUUCGGAGGUGAUUAGAUUCCUACUCUUCAAGUCCCAUCAAAACUCAGGAUGCCCUAUUAAAAGAGAAGAUUUGACUCAGAUUGUUACCAAGAACUAUCGUCAGCGUAACCUGGCCGCCUCCGUGAUCAACGAAGCUAAGACCAAGCUCUCAAGUGUGUUCGGUUAUGAUUUGAAAGAGCUUCAACGCUCUAGGACUUGUUCUAAUGCUCAAACAAGGCUUCCUCAGUCACAAAGUAAUGCUGACUCGAAAUCGUAUGUGCUCGUUAGUCAAUUGCCGAUUGAAGUGUUUAGGAAACAUGUGGUUGAAGAAACAACGAGUCCUAUGACUGGCUUUACGUUUGCGGUUCUUGCUGUUGUGCAGCUUGCAGGAGGAAAAAUACCUGAAGUGUGUUCCAUAGAAACCCUUUGGCACCAUUUGAGGAGAAUGGGACUGCACGAAAGUGAUGAGCAUAAUCCUGUGUUUGGGAGCAACAAGCAGGCCCUUGAGACGUUAGUGCAACAAAGGUUCUUGCACAAGGAGAAAGUGAGUGGCCCAGAGGGUAAUACUCUGUUCUACGAUCUUGCUGAGAGAGCUUUAGAUGCGCAAGUUAGCGAGAGAGUUAAAGAUUAUAUUUCACAGAUCCUGAAGAAUGAUGUCUCUGUUGUAGAGCUUGACUGAUUGGUGGAAAAACAAGGCUUGGAGACUAACCAAAUAGAUUGUUUCAAGUCUUUGGCUUAUGUAUUUGUAAUAUUCCUUUGAUCGAUCAUUCUAUGUGAAACUGCUUGAGGAAGUUAAAAGCACACUUUAGGAUUCAA